GACCGGAGACAAUGGCUUUCUUUGUGAAAAGUAUGAUAAGUAACCAGGUAAAGAACCUGGGAUUUGGAGGGGGGUCUGAAGAGAAAAAAGAAGAAGGAGGGACGACGGACCCUGCAGCGGCACAAGGGAUGACCCGAGAGGAGUAUGAGGAGUACCAAAAGCAGAUGAUCGAGGAGAAGAUGGAAAGAGAUGCUGCAUUCACCCAGAAAAAGGCCGAGAGAGCGUGCCUCCGCGUCCAUCUCAGAGAGAAGUACCGCCUCCCAAAGAGUGAAAUGGAUGAGAAUCAAAUCCAGAUGGCUGGCGAUGAUGUGGAUUUGCCUGAAGAUCUCCGAAAAAUGGUAGACGAGGACCAAGAAGAAGAAGAGGAUAAGGAUUCUAUUCUGGGGCACUUGCAGAAUCUGCAGAACAUGGACUUGGAUUCCAUAAAAGAAAAGGCCCAGGCCACCUUCACAGAAAUCAAGCAGUCAGCAGAACAGAAGUGCUCUGUGAUGUGA